UCUUCCGAAAUUCAUUUCUUGUUUUCUUCUUUUUCGGCUUCUAUUCACUAUUUUACUGCUUAAGUGACCAGUAUCCUGGUAACAUCCAAUCCUGUCUUGUCUCUUUUUUUGUUGUUGUUUGUUUUGAUCUCUCGUUCAAUAUACUUGUCCGACACCUCUUCUGGGAGUGCCGAUCUUAUUGAAAUUCUGGAUCUUUCUCUUCAACUUCUUUAUUCACAAAAUGUCCCAAUCGACCGGCUAAUCCGAUGCAACAGUCCAAAAUGCUGGAGCUUGAUUCAACGUGAUUCAAGUGAACAGCUCUUGGGCAAUUACGAAUCGAGUUUCACCGAUGUCCCUGAAGACGAAGACGAUUGCUUCAAGCCAAUGAGCAGAUAAGUUUUUUACAAUGGGUUCGAUCUGCAUCAUCAGAGAAUCAAGGAUGUUAUAUGCUGAAAAGAAUGAUCUAGUUCUCAGAACUGCACGGAACGGCACAGGUUCAUCAAAGUUAGGAAAGGCCGAUUUUGGCGAGGAAACUCAUUUUGGUUUCGAUGAUAGUGAGUGCGUGUGGUUGUCUUCAGAUUGUUGGUCACCUCGUUCGAUCUUAGUAGGCGAGUACGGCUUGUCAGGAUCCUGCACACUCGUUGAUAAAUUGUUUAGCUCUUGGUUAUCAAGAGUUCAUUUGAGCAAUGAAGGUGCAUCUUUGGCUUUUGCAAGCACCCCCCUGGAUUUUGAUUUUAUUCAUGUGGGUGAUCUGAACGAUGAUGCAGAUGCAGAAAAUUGGCUGAUCACUUCAACCGAGAUUUCCCGGUCUCCUCGUGAGAUUUUGAGAAAUGAAUCCGCAGGUCAAGAAUGUUUGUGGAGUCUAUCCGGCUCCAUGAAGAACCUUGAUUCGCCAUCGUUUCCAAGUUCAGAUGAGGACACACUCAGUUAUCUGGUCUCUUUGGUGAAUCUCGAUGAGGAAGAUUCAAAGCUGUUCUGCAACGUGGAUGCCGAUUUGGAGAAUUUUCAGUCAGAUUUCCCAAGCCCAUCUUGUCGGCGCAGUUACAGCCUUGGAGCAACAUCCUCAAUCUCUACCGGAUCAUCUCUCCUGGAAGCGACGCAAGGGAAUUCACCAGGCGAUCUCUCUUCAGAAGAUUUUCCUGGAAUUGCAGAUUACAAGAAUCCUAACAAUGAGCCAUUCUUCUGGCCCUUCGAGAGGAAAUUCGAUUGGGAUUCCGAUGAAACAGCGCGAUUCCUGAGUAUGUCACCUCGGAAGUUUAUCUUGGAUAACAAAAAUCCCAGGGGAACAUGUUGCAAACCUUCCGUGUCGAAUUUACUGAGUAGGAAAGGGAGUCUGAAGGAGGGGUCUAAGACAAGGAUGGAUCAGUUCAGCACAAGAUCAGGAAGUGGCAAGAGAUUAGAGCUCAUCAAUACAAGGAACAUUAAAGCGCAUCGCAAGGUCGGCAACAUGGAGCCGUCGAGAUUGAGCGGGACCGCUUGGAGAAUCUCUGCGAAAACUGCACCUCUGAAUUGAAAAAUUGCAUCCUGGAUCCAAAGAAGAAUUCCCAGUGUUUCUCCUACCAAGAGUUCAUUCCUUGAAGGACCCUGAAUUUCCAGGGAGAUCGGGAGAUGGGCAUUUCAAUUUCCCAUCAGUGGAUGAUCAAUUGCUUGCUGUGGAGCAGCUAUUGGGCCUUGUUUGGUUUGGUUGGGCUAGGGCCUUACCUCAAAACGCUUGAGCC